GGUCCAGCCUAAUGCGAGAUUUUUAAAUACUGCUAAAAAUUCUUCUUAUAUUUUAUAUGAUGUUUAUAAUAAUGGUUAUUCUUUGGGGGGCAAAUUGAAUGUGACCCUAGAUCGAGAGUUAAUGUGCUCUCGAGAGCAAUGUCUUGUGAAACAAUAUUUAUCCUCUUUAUAUCAAAGAUCCAAGUAUGAACAUCGUUGGUAUUUAAGAGAUCUUACCAUGAGAGUAUCUACAGUGGUCACCGCCAUUCCCUUAACGGCCCCGCAAAAUGAACUUUUGGCUCAUUUAAGUUCCACUAAAGAUAAACAUAUUGAUGGCAUAGCCAAAUUUGGUUUUCAAUACUUGAUGAUUUUGAAAGAAAAUCUGGAAUGCGACUUUCGUUACAAUUUCACCAGUGCUUGGAGUCGUACGGAGGUCAAUGGUGGUUGCAUUGGUGCUAUAGGUAUAGAGAACUCGGCCGAUCUCGCUUCAUCGCCUUUUCUAGCCACUAAAAAUCGUUUCAAGUAUGUACAGGCCAUCAUGGAAUUAGGUACUUUUCGUCAUGUUUGCAUUUUUCGUACGCCCCUUAAUGCUGGCAUACAGAGCGCCGUAUUCCUUGAACCCUUUUCUUUGCGGGUAUGGGUCUUAUUUGGUGCCAUGCUUAUAUUAAUUGCUUUUCUAUUGUGGUUGACAUUUUUUGUCGAAUAUCAUCAAAUGAAGGCUGUGUUGGGUUUUGUGCCCUCAUUGCUCACCACCUGUUUGAUUUCGUUUGGUUCCGCCUGUUAUCAGGGUAGUUUUCUAAUACCCAGUUCCAUGGGUGGACGCAUAGCUUUCAUAACUUUGUCCUUAUUGACUUUUAUUAUAUAUAAUUAUUAUACCUCCAUAGUGGUGGCUAUACUAUUGGGUUCCCCGGUUAAAUCGAACAUAAAGACGGUGGCUCAGUUGGCCGAUAGUAAUUUGGAGGUGGGCCUGGAACCUAUACCCUACACUAAGUCGUAUUUGAAUUUCUCAACUUUACCCGAAAUUAAAAGAUUUGUACACAAUAAAAUCGAUUCCAAGUCCAAUCCCAAUAGCGUUUGGAUGAGCGUCGAAAAAGGACUGCAAAGAGUGCGUAAAGAACCCGGUUAUGUUUUUGUUAUAGAUGCUUUUUCCGGUUAUGGUUUAAUAGAAAAUUCCUAUACAGGCGAAGAAAUUUGUGAUCUCAAUGAAAUACCCUUCAGACCGGAACAGCCUUUGUACCAGCAUUUGCCCAGGAACUCUUCGUACAGGGAAAUUGUCAAAUUAAAACAGAUGCGCAUUAUGGAAUCGGGUGUCUAUAGACGCUAUUACCGCCAGUGGGUGAAGAGAAGAUUGAAUUGUUAUUUAUCGAGCAGUUUUUUGGUUCAAGUGGGUUUGGAAUACACUGCACCCUUGUUUAUUAUGCUGGUAGUGGCUUAUAUAUUGGUAUUGAUCUUAAUGAUGCUGGAAAUUGUGUGGUAUAAAUUUGAUAAAAAAUACAAAAACCGCGAUUGGGGAGAUAUAACGGAAUAUGAGUGA